AUGCCUUCAGAUGAAGCCCUGGAACAGAGUACGUGUCUGGUGUUGGGCUGUAUGAUAUAUCCUGAUGGCUGGGAUGCUGAUGAGGUGAAGAGGAUGUGCGGAGAAGGGACGGACAAAUACACUAUCGGAGCAUGCUCAGUGCGCUGGGCGUACAUCCUGGCCAUUAUGGGCAUCCUGGACGCCCUCAUCCUAUCUUUCCUGGCCUUCGUGCUGGGCAACAGACAGGAUGGACUCAUGUCCGAGGAGCUGCUGGGAGACAAAAGUGGAAACGCAUAGAUGCCAGAUACACUCAGGUGUUUCUGUCUUGUUUAAGGAAAAUCAUUAUGUGAAAUCACAAUCCAGCUUUACCCAUCAUCCUGAGGGCAGGAAGCCUGACUGCAACAGUUUGGGGGGAAAAAAAACAUUUCAGCAAAGGAUGCGAACAGGGUGAAUGGAGUUUGGAACGCACUGCUUUUCUCUUUAUAUCCCCACUUUUCACUUCACUAUCUGGAAUUGCUUCUCAACAAAUCCCUACCCUAGUUUAUUUACCGUGUUCUGUGCUACUAACAUGAUAGGGCAGC